UAUUACCAGCUGCAUAAAUUAGCCAUUUUGAAUAAACCCUCUACUCAGACACUGAAAUGUAGAGGAACAGAGACGCCUAGUGGAUAAAGGCUUUUGAUACGUCUAACCAACACAGCUCCAAGAUAGUGAAAGUGAACUAAACCUUUCGACUCUUCAGGUAACUGAAUUUGUGUUUAUAGCAACGGCGGAAGAGGUUGAAAAAGACGCGCGUUAGCUGUUAGCUGUGAUGUUCGCAAGGCUUCAGGCCUGCUGCUGUAAUGGAGACCGACUUCUGGAAGGGAAAUAGGACGGUGGUUGUGUCCGGUGUGCCCGACGUGUUACCCCUUAGCAGGAUGACUGACAAGCUGACUAUUCAUUUCCAAAGCUACAGGAGGAGUUGGGGAGGAGACGUCGAGGUGGUCAGGUACCCCACCAACAUGGACGGAGUCGCUUUUGUCACUUUUGAGAAAGUUGAAGAGGCAGAGAGGGUCGUGCGAAAGGAGCAACAGAUCAUGAUGGACGACGAGUUUCCUGACGACUUCCUUCUUACAGUGUUUCCCUUCACUAGAGAUGUGUUUUUAUACGUCCCCAGCGCUAUGGUUGACCUCUCCGCAUUCGGCAAAGAUCAGUCAUUGCUGAUCCAGAGUCUGCGUUUAGCUCACAGGUCGCUAUGUUUCCAUCCUUUCCAUCAGCAGAUGAAAGCCACCAUUGAAGGGCCUUUUGCUGCCAUCCAAGGCCUGAGACAGGACCUCAUCUGCAGGGCCAACCAGCUUAAAUCCACAGUCUCAGCCCAAACUGCUGCCGCCAAACUAAAAGAAGCUCCUCCUAAUCCGAGGGUAAUAUCUCAUCAGGAGGUUGUUGGCUCUGUAAGCUGCAGCGGUCCUAAAGCUAAGCUGGGACCAGCAAGCUCAAAGUGCUUAUCAACGCCACUGCAGACCACAGGUGAGGCGACUGAAGUCCAAAGCCUGCUCUCCAAUGCAAAAACUCAAAACGUUUCCUCAAGGCAAAAGGUUUCCCAUGAGAGUUUGGAUGUUGGGAGCUUUUGCGACAGUAAUAGAAAGGAGAAAAGAGAUCGGACCAGUUUCGAAAUGCCCUCAGAAUAUAGGACGGAUAGAACAAAGGCCAACUCCAGACAAAUACUAAAAACAGGCGUUAGAUCUUUAGUAUUAGACCAGGACCUGCUCCUAGCAGAGGAAAUAUCAGCAAAACAGCCAGGCAAAGAUGACAUUUCAGAAAAAAACCACAGCUUGGACAGGAUUUCAGCAACCAAGAUCAGAGAGAAUCACUCAGGCUCCUGCUACAGCAGUACUGACAAUCUGAAGUAAUCAGAUCAGAGCAGCUCAGCCUUCACCACUAACAUCCUCCAGACCAGGCUUACAAAUGUCUCAACGUCCUCCAAGACUGAUACUGAGGACACAAAAGUGCUGUCUGCGGUCUGUCCGGGGGAUCCGGAGGACACGUGUGUCUGGGUCGACGCAUACACAUUCAGAUACAUUGAAACAUUUGACAAGAAGGCGUUUGACAGAUGCUUGAGAGGUCUUGAUGUUUCCGUUGAGUGUGAAGGGAGCGACCUCACGCGGAUAGUGUUGACUCAGUUGCAGACCUCCAAGACUGCCUCUAGAAUCCAGCAGGGGUCGGAGGACCUCAGGAGUUUGGUGGAGUUUUGGCUGUCGAGGUUAAGAGUUCAACAGAUCGACUUCGCUGAGGAGGAGCAGCCUGAGAAAAAGAAACUCAUUCAAAUCUGCAAUGAUGUGAAUUUCCUGUACAGUAACGUGCUGUACCUGUUGGAGGAUUCUUGUGUAAGAGUCAUCGGUCCCGCGGUAUCGAGUCACCUGUUCUGUAAGAGUGUGGAGGAUAGAAUUGUAAACACAAAGACAUUCUGAGAGUUUCAUAGAUGAAGCGAAAAGAAAUGAAUGUAUUUUUAUCUACAACCACAGGGUGGUGCAGUUGUGCUGCAUGUUGCCUUCACAAAAGGCAUUUUUAUUCCUGCGUUACACUCAUUACAUACAUUCAUUUUUCAUUUUCCUUGCUAAUAAUUAGAACUAUAGAAAUGAUUUAAUACUUUAUCUAUUAUUACAUAUCUGUCUAUUACUCAGAAAACUCUAGGGCUCUUAUUAAAUUAUAAAACUCCAAUGCUUUUGCGUACUCUUUGUUUCCAUGGUAAAGCGUGCCUCCUGCUUAUGCUUGGGUAAAUAAUUAGGGCUUUAAUCAACAGGUCUUAAUCCAAACAAUGUUCUCACAGCAGUAGGGAUAAGUCUUAAUUAACCUCCUCACAUCCUUAUUCCAAAGAUAGGCUUCUAAUUAAAUAAACAAAUGACAGGUGACAACCUGUCUCACACAGUCACAUCUUCCGUUUCUCUUCCCGAGAUUCUUUAAUCAUCUAAUGGGAAUAAAUCAUUUCAUUUGAG